AUGGACUUUAUGAUGAUCAAUAAUGUUUGUACUAAUAUUGUGACUUCUCAAUCUGUUGUGAAUGAUCAGGAGGAUGGCCAGCUUAUUUUUGUGAAAGGAAAUGGCAUUGGUUGUUUCCCUUCUAGGUUAAGGGUUAAGAACUUAUGUCGUAUUUACAAAAUUUAUAUUCUUGUUUUGCUUGAACCUCUCAUUACUUCUGCUAAAUUACUUAGUACUACUAAUAUUUUUGGAUCUUCUUCGAGGCAGAGAGACGAAGAAGAGGAGUGGGAUUUGAGAUGGGCUGCGGUCCAGAAGCUUCCAACUUACGACAGGGCAAGGUGGGGAAUUUUGAAAUUUGAAGAUGGUGGGCUUAAAGAGAUCGGGAUCAAGAACCUCGGCUUUGUGGAUCGGAGAAACCUGCUUGAGAGACUUUUAAGAGAUGGAGAAGACAAUGAGAGGUUUCUUCUCAAGCUCAAGGAAAGAUUCAAUAGAGUGGGAAUUGAUUAUCCAACCAUUGAAGUGCGGUAUGAGCUUCUAAAUGUUGAGGCUCAAACACAUAUGGGAAGCCGAAACUUGCCCUCCUUCGUCAAUUCAGUUCUUAACACAGUUGAGUUCAUGGCCAACUACCUUCAUAUACUUCCAAACAAGAAAAUACCAUUUACCGUACUCAACGAUGUUAGUGGAAUCAUCAAGCCACAAAGGAUGACACUGCUUUUGGGACCCCCCGGUUCAGGGAAGACUACACUGUUAUUGGCUCUUGCUGGGAAGCUAGGUUCAGAUCUUAAGGUUUCUGGAAAUGUGACAUAUAAUGGUCAUACAAUGGAUGAAUUUGUUCCACAAAGAACAGCGGCUUAUAUAAGCCAAGAUGAUCUCCACAUAGGAGAGAUGACAGUGAGAGAAACCCUUGCAUUCUCUGCUAGAUGUCAAGGGGUUGGAUAUCGUUAUGAUAUGUUGACUGAAAUGCUAAGGAGAGAGAAGGCUGAAAAUAUCAAACCUGAUGCUGAUAUAGAUGUCUUCAUGAAGGCGUCAUCAAUUCAAGGGAACGAAACUGGCGUGAUCACAGAUUAUACUUUGAAGAUUCUGGGAUUGGAAAUUUGUGCUGAUGUCCUGGUAGGCAAUGAAAUGUUAAGAGGUGUUUCUGGAGGACAAAGAAAGCGUGUCACCAUAGGCGAGAUGAUCGUUGGUCCAGCACAAGCCUUGUUCAUGGAUGAAAUAUCAACAGGCCUUGAUAGCUCUACAACUUUUCAGAUAGUGAACUCACUAAAACAAAUUGUCAGUAUUCUUGGGGGAACCGCCGUUGUCUCCUUGCUUCAGCCAGCACCUGAAACUUAUGAGCUCUUUGACGAAAUCAUCCUCCUUUCUGAAGGACGUAUUGUUUAUCAAGGUCCUCGUGAAGCUGUGCUCGAAUUCUUUAAGUUCAUGGGUUUUGAAUGCCCCAAGAGGAAGGGAGUUGCCGACUUCUUACAAGAAGUGAUUUCCGAGAAAGAUCAAAAGAAAUAUUGGGCACAACAUGAUAAACCAUAUGAAUAUGUGCCAGUUAAGGAAUUCGCAAAAGCAUUUGGCUUAUUUUAUGUAGGACAAAACCUUCGAACAGAGUUAUCUGUUCCUUUUGACAGGAGCAAGAGCCACCCUGCUGCUUUAACAACCUCAAAGUUUGGUGUCAGUGGAAUUGAAAUACUGAAAGCCUGCAUUGAAAGAGAACUGCUUCUAAUGAAGAGAAACUCUUUUGUUUAUGUGUUUAGAGCUUUUCAGGUCAUGUUUAUGGCAUUUAUAAUGAUGUCGCUAUUCUGGAAGACACAAAUGCGUCACAAUUCUAUAGAUGAUGGACAGAUUUACAAUGGAGCUCUCUUUUUUUCUCUUGUCACUAUCUAUAUGAAUGGCUCCUCUGAGCUUGUUUUAACCAUUAUUAAACUACCUGUCCACUUCAAGCAGAGGGACUAUCACUUCUAUCCUUCAUGGGCUUUAGCAUUACCAAAUUGGAUCUUAAAUAUACCAUUUUCAAGCAUUGAAGUUGCAAUUUGGGUGCUUAUCACUUACUUUUCCAUAGGAUAUGAUUCAAGUGCAGUAAGGUUUUUCAAACAUUACCUUCUGCUGCUUCUUGUAAACCAAGUGGCUUCAGGAAUGUGUCGCUUCAUUGCAGUACUUGGAAGAAUUCCUGUUAUUGCUAAUGCAUUGACAUACUACGCACUGCUGGUGAUUAUGGCGUUGGGAGGAUUCAUAAUUUCAUACGGGAAUGUGAAGAAAUGGUGGGUAUGGGGUUAUUGGGCAUCACCACUAAUGUACUCACAAAAUGCUAUUUCAGUAAAUGAGUUCUUAGGGAAGAGUUGGAGCCAUAUUUUACCUGGAACAAAUGAAACGCUUGGAAUACUAAUAUUAAAGUCUAAAAGAAUAUUUCCGGAAGCAAAUUGGUUUUGGAUUGGUGCAGGAGCCUUGUUUGCAUAUGUUCUCAUAUUCAACUUCCUUUUAAUUGUUGCUCUAUCUUAUCUCAAACCACUUGCGAAGGGCCAAUCAACUGUGUCUGAGGAGGCUGUGCGGGAGCAACAAAAAAGAGUAAUUGGAAAAUCUACGCUCCAAUCAAGAGAAGAAACCAGAACAUUAACAGAAGGAAGCGCUGAAAUUUCCAACUCAAAUACGACGAAAGGAAUGGUGCUUCCAUUUUUACCAUAUUCCAUCACAUUUGAAAACAUAAGAUAUUCAGUGGACAUGCCAAAGGAAAUGCGAGCUCAUGCUAUUGAGGAUAGGUUAAUGCUUCUAAAUGGGUUGAGUGGUUGCUUUAGACCAGGAGUUCUUACUGCUCUAAUGGGUGUUAGUGGAGCGGGAAAGACCACUCUUUUGGACGUACUUGUAGGGAGAAAAACAAAAGGAUAUGUAGAGGGAAACAUCACCAUUUCUGGAUAUCCUAAGAAGCAAGAUACUUUUGCUCGUGUUUCAGGAUAUUGUGAACAAAAUGAUAUUCAUUCUCCAAAUUUGACAGUUCAUGAAUCCCUUAUUUUCUCUUUGUGGCUUCGUCUUCUUCCUGAAAUUGAUUUAAAAACAAGAAAAAUGUUCAUUGAUGAGAUAAUGGAGCUUGUUGAGAUGAGGACAUUGCAAGAUGCUUUGGUUGGAGUGCCUGGAUUAACUGGAUUGUCAACUGAGCAACGCAAGAGAUUAACCAUUGCUGUUGAGCUCGUUGCAAAUCCUUCAAUAAUAUUUAUGGAUGAGCCAACCUCUGGCCUUGAUGCUAGGUCAGCCGCUAUUGUAAUGAGAACUGUUAGAAACACAGUUGACACAGGAAGGACAGUAGUGUGUACAAUUCACCAACCAAGUAUCGAUAUAUUUGAAUCUUUUUUUGAGCUCUUCCUGAUGAAGACAGGAGGUGAAGAGAUAUACGUUGGACCAUUGGGGAACAACUCUUGUCAUCUUAUCAACUAUUUUGAGGACAUUCCAGGAAUCUCGAAGAUAAAGGAUGGUUACAAUCCUGCAACCUGGAUGUUAGAAGUAACAUCUUCAGCACAAGAAGAUGCAUUAGGUGUUGAUUUCAAUGAAAUUUACAAAAACUCUGAAUUGUACAAGAGAAACAAAGCAUUAAUUAUGGAACUAAGUCAGCCUUCUAUUGGAUCAAGUGAUUUAUAUUUUCCAACACAAUAUUCACAGUCAUUCUUAACUCAAUGCAUUGCAUGCUUAUGGAAACAAAACUUGUCAUAUUGGAGGAAUCCUACCUAUUCUGCAAUGAGAUUUUUUUUCACUGUGAUGAUAGCCUUGAUGCUUGGUUCAAUAUUCUGGAAUCUUGGUGGUAAAAAAGACACACAACAGGAUUUGUUCAAUGCUAUGGGUUCCAUGUAUGUGGCUAUUUUAUUUUUGGGGGUCUCUUACUCAGGUGCAGUACAACCAAUUGUUGCCAUUGAGCGCUUGGUCUUCUAUAGAGAAAGAGCUGCUGGAAUGUACUCAGCAUUUCCAUAUGCUUUUGGACAAGUAAUGCACCUAAUAACCUUCCACUUUGUAGUUGAGCAACCAUAUAUCUUAUCUCAAUCAUUAUUAUACUGCAUCAUUGUGUAUUCAAUGAUUGGGUUUGAAUGGACAACAACAAAGUUCUUAUGGUACAUAUUUUUCACAUAUUUCACAUUGCUGUAUUUCACCUACUAUGGCAUGUUGGCUGUCAGUUUGACAUCGAACGACACUAUUGCCUCUAUUGUCUCUUCUGCUUUCUAUGGAAUAUGGAAUCUUUUCUCAGGAUUCGUAAUCCCCAGAAUAGUGAGUUUGAACUUAUUUUAUAGAGGAUCCGUUCAGAGGCGUCGGGCUAGAGGGGUUCGGAUGCAAGAGAAAGAAGGAGGUGCGAGUUUCGUCCAGGCAGUAGACUCGGCGAAUGGAGUUCGGGAAGAAGAGGAUCGGAGGUUUGCGAAUGAGGUAGGUCUUCGGUGGCUCGUGGGAUUUGGGGUUCUCACGCGGGAGGAAGAAGAAGACAAGCUCAUGCCUUUUUGA